AUGGCGACGGAGAGACUUAACCGAGCACAAAGUGAUACAUUGCUUGCAUCGGAAGUCAUUGACGAUACUAGCGCUGCCAGAAUGGAGACUGUAGUGUCGUCGCCUACCGGACAUGAGGAUGCGAUCGAUGCCUCGACAGGUGAAGCGCUGUUUGAGCUCUCAAGUUACACGGGUGGGGCACCACUUCCUCCUAUGGUAAACAGCGAUAUGGAACUUGCAGUGUCGUCUACGACCAACGCAUCCCACGACCUCUUUGAUCAUGAUUCUAUAGAUAAGAGCUCAAUCGGGGAGGAGAAAAAGAUGGGUCGACCCAGUCACCCAGCGUGGCAAUAUUUUACGAGAGGAGAAAAGCGUAAUCGCUUUCACUACAACGCGUAUUGUAAGUUUUGCCAUGAGAACGGAGUUAAGUCCGUUGUAGUGCGUGGAGUAUCAGGCAACAUGAUCCGACACCUGCAAGAAUGCAUGUACUGCCCUGCUGAGGUGGUCACACAGUUGAAGUUGUUAUGUGCACAGAAGGAUGCCGCAAAUUUUAACAAGAGACAUCAGACACAGAAUCGAGGCGCCAAUAUGUCGCUCCAGGGAUCCCUCCCAGCGUCGAAAAAGGCGCGAUAUAUUGCAAAUCCAGAAGGGUCUAUGCGAGAUUCAAUGGCAACCGCUGCUAAGGUCAGUGUUAUACAGGAUACAAGUGCAUCUGAGGACUCCAUGCCUUUCCAGCCACCAUUAACGUCCUCCAGUAUGAACGGAGAAUUAACGACUGUCACAUCUUCAUCAAAUUCGCUGAGCUUUAAUGACGAUCAUUCUUCAUUAGGUAACGAGGAGAUAUUUGCUAAGUCUCGACUCGGCAAUGUUACGAAAAACCCUGAUGAAUAUUUUGCCUGUCAAGCAGAUGAUGCGAACGAUCAUCAUUUAAGUCAAGAAGUUUAUAGCACCGGCAACUUCAAUCAGCUGGUGGCCUCGUCAACGCUUCUGACCGGCCUACCGUGGGAUUGGGUCUGGACAGAACAGUCUGCUUCAAUUUUUGGAGAAAACUAUUCGAGACUGCAAUUGCCAAGCGCAGAAGUGCUGUCAGCAAUGGUAAAUGUAUCACGUGAAGAACAGAUUAUCAAGAUGAGAGGAGAAAAAGUUGGGGUCACACUUGCUGUGAGCUGGUUUGCGGCGUCGUUCCCAAAGUCGAGUUUUGUUCUGCUCUCUCUUGUCAACGCCCUCGGCGAAGCGACGACUUGGGAACUCAUUGAAAUGGGAAUUGGCGACAUUGCGCCUGGCACCGUAGCUGAUAAAAUAAAGUGCAAUUUGGUGGAUUUGCGGAAAAGCGGUAUAUGGGUGAUCAACAUUGUGACCGAUACGAGUCUAACAUACGAGGCUUCUCGACUUGCUGUCACUUCGUACAAUCAAACUUUAGCGAUUCCAGUUAUACCAUGCUUCUCCCACACAUUACAGAUGUUGUUGGGUGUCGUCCUCACAGGUUCCGACAGCUCUAUGCAAACUUUUGGAAAAGUAGUUGACAUUGUUCAAAUGUUCUCGAGUAAUCGCGUGCUAAACGUGCUUCGACGUGAGUGUGGCGAUCUGGAUGCAGUUUUGCAUGGACCUACAUCUCACAACUGGUAUUCUUUUAUUGAGUCUAUAAAUUCUGUCCGACAGUAUGGAGAUAUGAUUAAAAUGAUAUCAUCAAAGGUGGUUCAGGCGUCUUUGGACCUGAGAAAUUCGGCCCAUGGAUCCUUACGCAAAACAGUGGCAAAAAAUUUACGCAAGGAUAGCGCCGGAAACUCUAUAGAUGAGCUGGCGGAGUGUAGACUUUCAGGUGCUGUGUUACAAUCUAUCCAGAACGAAGAGUUUUGGGAAAGCAUUGGGGCAUUAAGUGAGCUCAUCACACCAAUCAAGGAGACUUACAAAAUAAUGAGUAGCACCCCCACAACUCCAUUUUAUUUGUCGGAUGUCCUUUAUCAAUUUGGUAGAAUGCAUCAACAGUAUAAACUUAUAUUAUCUGACUGGGAAAGCCGUUCAAGUGGAGGACGAUCUGUCGAACAAGUUCGCUGUUUACUUCGGACACUCGAUGAUAUGUGGAGGCUCUAUGACCAAUCACUGAUGUUUUUAGGAUACACAUUCGAUUUUCGUCUGCAAUCCCGAUAUCUAGCCCGCCAUCAAUCAUCACUUCAGUGGCUCUCAAUUGGAAGAUCAGCAAAGCAGUACUUCCGGGACUGGUUUUGUGCGAUGUCACCAACACAGAAUCUAUCGCGCCUGCGUGCUUUAAGUGAUGAAGCUGUUGGCCAUUUUAUGGAAGACCUUUUGGCAUUUAAAGAACGCAAGCACCCGUUCGAUUCCGAAAUGUUGCGCGAAUAUGACAACCCGAAGUAUUUUUAUAUGCUUGUCUCCGACUCGCAUCCCAUCUUACACAUGUUUUGCUCUCGGCUAUUUAGCAUCGUGACUAGUACGCCGUUCUUAGGUGACGUAAUCCCCGGAAAGUGCUUUCUCCCAUCCACAUCUUUUGCAAGAUGUUCGCAGCAUACUUUGCUGCCUCUACUGCAAAUGAAAUUACUGUCCCAAACAACAUUGCGGUUAUCAAAGGAUUUGUUUGAGAGCAUUCAUGGCAGAAAAUCAAAUCAUGUAACCGCAAACUUAGAAGGUGAUGAUCCACAUUCGCACUUUACAGAGUUUACGUCAGAGGAAGCAAGAUCUUCGCUUUUUCAAAGCUCGGAUUCAGCUGAACAAACACCAACGAAUGAAGCUGACGACGAUACUUUUUCACAGAGUCGUAUCUGGAGUAUGAAUCAAUGGGAGGUGAUAGCAAGAGAGUGGAAUGCACAUUGGAAAAGAGAGAUCGAAUCAUGCAAACAGCUAUACUCGUCAGGCGCUCUUAAUUUGACCUCUACAAACUUAACACUCGAUCAAAUUUUUGUUGAAGCUUUACCAUCCCGAGUUCCUCACGAUCAAGAAGAUGCUGUCGUGGACGUGUAA